UCGUCGUCGUCGAAUGUAUCUUUAGCUCUUUGGCAUCCACAAGAUAUUUUUAAUGGGACUCGCUUCCUUUGGCUGCUUCAUUUUCUUUUUCUACAGAUUUUUGUGAAUGAAGUUGUUUUCAGACGAGGCGCACCAUUAUCGCACUGACAUGUCUGGGGGAUUGGCUGCGUUUCAUGGCCUCCACCUGCAGCCGCGUCCGUGUCACCUGUUGAUGGAUUUCGUUGUUUGAUUAACAUGGUAAAUGGGCGAAACGCAUUUGAUAUAUUGACUGUGGCUGCUCGGGGAUUUGCAUUUAAGUGACUUUGUCUGGCCGCCUAACUAGCUGCCAGGUAGUCCGCGUCUGCGACAAGCAGCUGCCUCCUAAUCCUCUAAAUGGCAUCAUUAGAAAUCGCUUAACGCCCGCACAGCUCGGCUGUGUCUCAGUCUCUACCUGCCGUCCAUCUAUAUAAGCCCUGUCGACCGGCCAUUUGGACAGACACUCGCUGCGUCACACUCAACCCGUCAAGAUGUCCAGCUUCAGAUCCUUUGCUGUGCUGCUGCAGCUGCUGUGCCUCGCCAGCUUCGUGCUCGGCCGACCCAGCGAUAACCCCGCCCUCAACGAGGUGAGCUCCCAGGAAACGGCCAACGAGGAGUACAUGAAUAACGAUAUGAUGCAGCAAAUCUCAGCCUCGCCUGUUGUCGGAGGCGCCUUCUACAAGCAGCGACGCGCCUUCUAUAAUUCUGGCCAGCUGUGGCGCAACUCGUUCCUGCGACGCUUCUACCAGUUGCCCGGCUCCUCCGUCUAUCCCGAGCUGGCCAUAUCGCCCGGCGGCGGCAACUACUACAGCAACGAGGUGCUGCCCCUGCCCAUGUCCACCUACGAGAUCAUCGAGCCGGAGACCCUGUUUUAGCCGCAGUUCAAAGUUCAGAGCUCGAGCUUUGGCCUAACACUUAAG